AUGUUAUUUACGCUUUGUAUAGUCAGUGCAAUUGCAUUUCUUGCGAUGCAUCGAGAAAUUCGUCGUGCAAUAUGUCAAGCCUUAGGACGACAUCUUUUGCAACGGGUAGCCAAGCGUAAAGCCGAUAUAUAUGAGAAAGUGGGCGUUGUGCCUAAAAUUGCACGUACCGUUGGAUUUUUCCAUCCUUACUGCAAUGCUGGAGGAGGUGGAGAACGUGUCCUAUGGACUGCUGUAAAGUCUGUCCAAACAGAUUUUCCUAACGUUAUUUCUCUUAUCUAUACUGGAGAUUUAGUUUCUUCCGAAGAGGCACUUCGUAGGGUAAAAACAACGUUCGAAAUUGAUUUGGAUUCUUCAAAAGUAAUCUUUGUACCUUUGAAGCUUCGAUUUUUAGUGUCCCCUGCCGUUUGGCCUCGUUUCACUUUGCUGGGCCAAUCUUUGGGUAGUAUGGUUUUGGGAUUAGAAGCAAUUUGUCGGUUUGCUCCUGAUAUCUUUAUUGAUACGAUGGGUUAUGCCUUUACUUUUGUGGUCGUCAAGGCAUUUCUUAAUAUUCCUGUUGGUGCCUACGUUCACUAUCCGACAAUUUCUAGCGAUAUGUUGAAGUCUCUGAAGGAGGUUUCCAUUGUUAGUAAAGUCAAAGGUGCUUAUUGGAGAUGGUUUGCUAAAAUUUACAGCCAAGCAGGUCGUCAUGCAGAUUUUGUGAUGACGAAUUCUUCCUGGACACAAAAUCAUAUUGCAUCCUUAUGGGGUAAGGACAUUAAUUUGUCUGUGGUGUUUCCACCUUGCAAUACUUCAGAACUUGAUAAAGUUGAUAUUCUUCGUCCACGGGAAUCAAGCUUACUUUAUCUUGCGCAAUAUCGCCCCGAGAAGAAUCAUAAAGACUUGCUUCACAGCUUUGCUUUUUAUAUACAACAACACCCAGAAUCUCCUGCUAAACUUUUGCUUGUUGGUAGUGCACGCAAUGAGACAGAUUUAAAGCUAGUGGAAUCUUUGAAAGGGCUCGCUCAAAAAUUGAAGGUAAUCGAAAGAGUCGAAUUUAUUGUAGAUGCCCCAUGGCCUAAAGUGGUAGAGUAUCUUGGAACCUGCUCGAUAGGAGUUAACUAUAUGUGGAACGAACACUUUGGUAUUGGUGUUGUUGAGUACAUGGCAGCUGGCCUGAUACCUGUUGUUAACAACUCAGGUGGACCGAAGUUCGACAUUGUCAUUCCUUGGAUAGGAAAACCUACAGGAUUUCAUGCGUCUACUGUUGCCGAAUAUGCAGAAGCUUUCCAAAAAGCUUUAACCCUCAGUACUCAAGAACAACAAGAAAUGCGAGUUAAUGCACGAUCUGCUUGUGCUCGGUUCGGUGAGCAUGUGUUUAUGCGUGAUUUCGGGGAUGUAUUUGCCAAACUUUUACGGGAAGUUUAUGCAAAGGAUUAA